AUGGGUAAUUCUAAUCGUCAACAAGGUACUCUUCCAAGUAAUACCCAGCAAAAUCCUAAGACUUCCGGUUCAAAUGAUGGAGGUAAUAAGUAUCAACACCCGAAUGUUAGAAAUGAGCAUGUAAAUGCCAUUACUACUCGGUUCGGUAAGGUAGUAAAUUCUCCUAUUUCACCUCCUAUUUCCAGUGCUACUAAUGUUCCUAUACAGGUUGAUAGUGAAAGUGAAGAUGAUCAAGUUGAUGAAGAAAUUGUGGUGGAGCCAAACCCAACCGUGAAAUCACCGGCCGUUUCAUCUACAUCUACAACACCGGUAGCUAAACCGGCGGUUGUUGAUCCUGAGGUGAAGGCGUACAAGCCUAAGGUUCCUUUUCCUCAAAGAUUGAAGAAGGAUAAGCUCAGGGAACAAUACGAGGAAGCUAAGGCUACUUUCCUCAACGCGGAGUGUUCGGCAAUUGUGAAAAAUCAAAUCCGUCCUAAGCUUGAAGAUCCAGGGAGUUUUCUGAUUACUUGUUCUCUUGAUGCUAAGCUUACUUGUGAUGCUUUGGCCGACAUUGGUGCUAGCAUUAAUUUGAUGCCUUUUUCAGUUUAUAGGCGAUUGUCUUUAGUGGCUCUUAAGCCAACUCGGAUGAGUAUUAGGCUUGACAAUCAUUCAUUUCAGUACCCCAUGUGGAUUGCUGAAAAUUUGUGUGUUAAAGUAGGCCAUAUUGUCUUGUUGGCCAAUUUUCGUUAUCCUUGA